UCUUGGCAGUAGCCAAGUAAGUUAUCGGCGGUGCAUCCAUCGUAUUCAAGAUGGCGGCUUAGGAGCGAUAAAGUGCAUAAGAGCGACCGCUCUGAGUGCAACCGUGCGUAAGCCGUGUUUCAUUAAAUUCUUUUAUUUUUACAAAAUUUCAUUUGUGCGUAAAAAUACCGUUCGCAAGACGGUUCAAUCGUCUUUAAGAACGAAUUGAAUUAUCGCAAAUGAAUCGUCCGAGAUAGUCAGUGGUGGCGUGCGCGAGCACUCACCGUAUUCAGGAAGACGCGCGUGCGACAGAGACAGAGGAAAUAAAGAAAAAAAAAGAAGAAAAAAGAAAUACAGACGCAGAGAAAGAGAGAAAGAGAGAGAAAAAGAGCAAGAGAAAGAAAGAAAGAGAGAAAGAGAGAGAGAGAGAGAGAGAACGAAACGAACAGGGUCGGUCGGUCGCUUGGAAGUUCGGCGAUCCCGGUCAAGUUCCAACUUUAUAAUAUUUUCUGUGAGCCCUGGGAGAAAGUAGGAUUUCAACGAUAAAAUAAGGCAAGGAAACACGCGUCUCGUUGUCGCCGUCGUCAUCGCCACCACCGUUCUUACUAUCAUACUUUAUUACUGCUGUUGUUAAAAACCCUCUGUUGUUUCUAUUACAAUUAACAUUUAUUUUGAUUAUUGUUAAACUGUUAUUAUCUGAACGUUCAAAAAUUAGGGGAAGAACCUUUUUCAUGGCGAUCGCCAGUGGUACGAGGAUACGUCGUGCUUCGCCACCGUGGUAUGACCCACGACAAAGGUGAAGAAGAAAAGUAUUACGCUUUCUUUACGAUUGGUGACCUGUGACCUGACACCCGUGUUCAAAGGAAGUAACACGAGGACGAGGACGAGGACGACGGCGACAACGACCACGACCACGAUCACGAAAAAGACGAAGACAACGCGAUACACGCUGAGGAGGAACAUAUAGCGACGACACACACACACAGAGUGCGUCACCGCCCAUAUGCGAUGUGUGUUUCCUACGUACGAACGAAUGAGUAAUCAUGUACUGUCAAGACAAGGGCUCGACCGCCUCAAAAAGCAAAGAGGGGUCAGUGACAAUGCGAGAAAAAAAAGGAGGUGCUCUUAGCAGAGUGCAGAAAUUAAAAAAACGACUUAGUCACAGUUUCGGUAGACUUUCUAUUUCUAAAGAAGAAGCUGACGAUGCUGCAAAUAGAGGUCAGCUGCCUUACAAUGGUUAUUCGGAGGAGUUCCUAGACCGUUUGGAACCAAACGGCAAUAUACCUGCGGAUAAAGAUCGACGAUAUGAAUGGACAGGUGUUGGUGACCACGAGAGAGUGCAUCGGCAGCUUUCCGUUUCUAGCGAUUCCAAGCUUUUAGAUGAAGAUAUAAGAGAAGAGGCAAGAGUGAUUUUACGGCCUCGGCGUCCACCGCGGCCCAAGUCUGAAGUUUUUCUUGGGCCAGAUCCACCACCUCGGAGAACCAAAAGGUUUUCAGCAUUUGGGGGAGACUCUCCUUUUGGAAAAUCCGAAGCUUAUAUAAAAUUAGAACAGUUAGGAGAAGGAUCUUAUGCCACUGUGUUCAAAGGCUAUAGUCACCUCACGAAUCAGGUGGUGGCUCUUAAAGAAAUUAGACUGCAAGAAGAAGAAGGUGCUCCGUUUACUGCCAUUCGUGAGGCAAGCCUUCUUAAGGAAUUAAAGCAUAGUAAUAUUGUGACUUUACACGACAUAAUUCACACUCGCGAGACUCUUACUUUUGUUUUUGAAUAUGUUCACACUGAUCUAUCACAAUACAUGGACAGAUAUGGUAAUGGAGGUCUGGAUCCUCGCAAUGUUAAAUUAUUUCUUUUUCAAUUGUUAAGAGGACUUGCAUACUGUCAUCGUAGGAGAGUAUUGCAUAGAGAUGUGAAACCUCAAAAUUUGUUAAUCAGUGAAAUAGGAGAACUUAAAUUAGCAGAUUUUGGCCUUGCAAGGGCGAAAUCUGUACCAUCCCACACAUAUUCGCAUGAGGUAGUGACAUUAUGGUAUAGGCCACCCGAUGUUCUAUUGGGUUCUACGGAAUAUUCAACCUCACUUGAUAUGUGGGGCGUAGGUUGCAUAUUUGUAGAGAUGUUGACUGGAGAACCAACAUUCCCUGGUGUACGAUGUACGUACGACCAACUUGAUAAGAUAUUUAAAGUAUUGGGCACACCUACUGAAGAAACUUGGCCGGGUGUAACUCAUCUCCCAGGAUAUAAACCAAACCAAUUGUCGUUUUAUCCAUCAAGAAAAUUGGGUCUUACAUUUCCAAGGCUUUAUGAUAUUGCCGACGGUGAUAAUAUGGCAUCAUCUCUCCUACAAUUAAAUCCUGAUCAGCGUAUAGGUGCAGAAGAAGCUUUAAGACAUCCUUAUUUUGCCUCUCUUCCUAGAAAAUUAUAUGAAUUGCCCGAUGAAGUGUCAAUAUUCAGCGUUGAAGGUUGCCACUUGUAUACAAAUUCGAGGCAUGGGUGCACAGACUCGCGUCAUACUGCUCUUAAAACUUGAGGUUAAA